CCAUACGAAUCGGACGGCCCAUAGGAGUUGCAUCACCGGCAUGGUUGACCCCACCCGAUUACGGUGCGUAGACCCACCCGGGUACGCAGAUAUAGAUGCGCAGCGCACGGGAGCAACGUGUGAGCGAUGCACUGGAGAAGACGUGGUACGCACCCCCCUAUGCAUGCAGUGAAAGGGCUGCCUUGUCCUUCCUUCCAUGGCGUCUUUAGGAAGGUUUUCUCUCUCUUCUCUCUCCUCUCUCUCUCUCCCUCUCUCUCUCUCUCUCUCUUCGGCCUUUAGUUUCUCUCUCUAGGUCGCUGCAAAUAUAAAGAACCAGAGAAUUGUGACUCGCGAAGGUUGAAGCCUCUCUCUCUCUCUAAAGGAUUUCCCUCUCGAGAAGUUUCCUCUGUAGGAUCAGUACUCUUGCUGCUGGUGUGAAAUGGAAAUGUAAAAUGGAGUUUCUGUGCCUGGGUUUCUUCGUAUUAGAUCUUUUUCCUGAUUUCUGUGCAAUGUAGAUAAUUGUUGCCGUGUUCGCCGGAGAACUGUAAAGAGAAUGGCAAAGUGUGACCGAAACGACGUCGGAUCUCUCGUUCUCAACCGCGCUAGCUCUGGUGCCUCCGGCACCGGCAGCGGGAACUUCAAGAUAUGGACGUCGUUUUCCGGCGCAUCAUUCCGCCGGAAGCUCUUCGACGCUAUGCGUUGUGGCGGCUCCCUACGCCAACAUCUCGAGGCCACUGCCGGGAACGCUCCUGCAGAAGUGGCGGCUCCGGAAUCCGCCGGCGGCCGAUUAAGACGUACGAAGUCCGGCCGUGGUUACCGAUCUGAGAAGCUAUCGGACCUCCUGAACUCUCCGGAGUCGAACGAGACGGAUUUCGAAACGAAGAGGAAGAUUGAGGCCUUGGAGGAGUUGAAGGUAGUGGCGAAGAUGUUCCAAUGCCAGGAUUUGGGGAAACAGAAAGAGGGAGCAAUGCGCGUUAGGAGGCUUGCGAAGGAAGAUAGUGAAGCCAGAACCACCCUGGCUAUGCUCGGAGCGAUCCCGCCGCUCGUCGGAAUGCUCGAUUCCGAAGAUCUAGAGCUUUUGAUUGAGUCUCUCUAUGCUCUUCUCAAUCUCGGGAUCGGCAACGACGUAAACAAAGCUGCCAUUGUCAAAGCAGGGGCUGUUCACAAUAUGCUAAAGCUAAUUGAAUCGCCAAAUAGAUCUCCGGAUUCUGCCGUGGCGGAAGCGAUAGUAGCUAAUUUCCUUGGUUUGAGUGCGCUCGACGCAAACAAGCCAAUCAUUGGUUCUUCCGGGGCAAUAUCCUUCUUGGUUAAAAUUCUACUAAAUCUGGACAAUAGAAGUAGCCCACAAGAAAAGCAGGACUCAUUACGAGCACUUUACAAUCUUUCGAUCUGUCAUUUGAACAUUUUGCAGAUUUUAGAGACAGAGUUGAUCCCUUUUUUGCUUGACACACUGGGAAACAUGGAAGUGAGUGAAAGAAUCCUCUCGAUUCUUAGCAAUGUCGUGUCUACCCCAGAAGGUAGAAAAGGAGUCAGCACUGUGGCAGAUGCGUUUCCAAUUUUGGUUGAUGUUUUGAAUUGGACAGACUCGCCGGCAUGUCAAGAAAAGGCGGCCUACAUUUUAAUGGUGAUGGCACACAAAGCUUAUGGAGAUAGGCAAGCAAUGGUGGAGGCUGGAAUAGUAUCAGCAUUGCUUGAGUUGACCCUGCUUGGUAGCACUUUGGCUCAGAAGAGGGCAUCGAGGAUAUUGGAUUGUUUGAGAGUGGAUAAGGGGAAGCGGAUCUCGGAUCCAUAUGGUGGAGGUUUGUGUUUGGGAACGGCAGUGUCUGCCCCAAUAUGCGGAUCUUCAUCAUCUUCUACUGGCAUGUGUCAGGGUUCUAAUGACUGUUUGGAGGAGGAUGAAGAUAUGAUGAGUGAGGAAAGGAAAGCAGUGAAGCAGUUAGUCCAGCAGAGUUUGCAGAGCAACAUGAGGAGAAUUGUGAAGAGAGCCAAUUUGCCACAGGAUUUUGUUCCCUCCGAGCAUUUCAAGUCCCUCACAAUAAGUUCGACUUCAAAGAGUUUGCCAUUCUGAGAAUUUUGGAGCACUAGCCUCAGGCUUGGAGAUUGCACAGAAAAUAAACUUCAGAAGUUAGUCUUCUUAUCAUAAUCUGGAGUUUUCUUGUUCUCUGUGAUUUGUUUCUAGAUCAGAAUUAGUGUUGUUUUGUUCAAUAUUACAGUAUUACAUGAUCAGAAUCCCAGAAACUGUUCAUUUUAGAUAAUCAAUUUUGCAUUGUUUUCGUUUCUGUAAGAUUGAAUUCAACUGCCUUUAGCGAGAUACAAUGCAGCACAUAAGAACAGCAAUGCCUUGUUCUAGCUAUGGAAUGAGACUGUUGGAACAGUAAAGUUAAUGUAAUUUAGCAACACCCAUGUUUAAUUCCAAUGUUUGAAUAGUAGUAUUAAAAAAUUGUCAUGGUUUGUGGAACAAUUUGACUAUUAUGCCUUGCAUCUCCCCUAGUCCUAACUAAAACUCAAUUCUCUCUACCAAAUAUGAACGAGGCUAAGUCACUGUUCUGGUCGGGACCAUGACCUGCCCAUGUUUCAAUAUGUACUAGUCCCAAACUCUACCAAGUGUGAAAAAAAUCAACCGUUUUCUAGAAAUUGUAGACAGCUAGUGAUCAUUGCUUGAAGAAAAUAUGGAGGUCAUGGGAGGAUCCCUUCAGCCAAGGAGUCACUUUACUCCAUGACCAUGAGUACCCUUACUCUGCCACUCUGCCCCCACUAAUAAUUUUAUAUUUCUAGCAUUGAUUAAUGUAGGAAGGUGUGGGUCAUUUUCUUGUGCAUAGAAAUGGGGACUGCUCGCUGCUGUUUUCCAUCUGGAAUCUUUUCUUUUGUUGGUUUUCACAUCUGGGGUACUUGUAUCUGGGAAUUUUGGAUUUACACGGUUGAAUUUGAAAUAUGUAAGCACAUGCCAUGGGAACAUGGGGUGUUAACUUUGCUCUCUCGAAUUGAUUUAUUUAUUGGGUUUUAACUAAUGCGUUAAUUACCCAAUGUUUUUAUUAAUGGUUUGACCUUGUUUACUGAAUUGUUUACAUUUAACUAUUGCAGACGAGGUCCAUGAGGGUGGAGCAGUCAAGGAUUUAUUUGGGUAGAAGGGACAAGGAGAGCUGUUCACAAUAAAUAUUCAUGUUGGAUUUCCUCCACAUUUGGUGAUUUUGUGUAUUGUAGUAAUAUGUUAAAUUGUGGGGUGCAGUCAGUUUUUAACUUUUUUAAAUGUGUUGUUCUCCCUUGUACCCGAUCUUGACCCCUUCAUCUGUUUCUAAUGUAAAUAUCCAAUGGUAAUUAUAUUAUAUAUGAGACUUUUUUGUCAUCUUC